AUGGAUAAAGAAGUUACUAACUUUAAAUCGACAGCUGAUUUAACGACUAACCAAGGAUUUCAAUCAACUUUGAGUAUAACUUCGAAUGACGAGAAAAAUGAUAAGCCAUAUAACCCGUUCGAGCAUCGACAACUCCAACAUCCGAAUUCUACAAUCGGGUCAAUACUUCAUUUGCUGAAGGCGUGCAUUGGCUCUGGUAUACUGGCGAUGCCGGCGGCCUUCAAAAAUGCAGGGCUGGUUGCAGGAACUAUAGGCACUUUGUUGGCAGGGUAUCUCUGCACACACACGGUGACUGUAUUGGUUACAACAUCGCAACAAGUAUGCAUGGAUGCCAAAGUGCCGUCUAUGAGUUUUGCCGAGACGUGUGGAGCGGCUUUUACAUAUGGACCUAAGAAACUACGGUCAUGGGGCAACUUUAUCAGGGCACUAGUCGACUUCGCAAUGAUGCUGACGUACGCGAGUACCUUAUGUGUUUAUGUGGUUUUCAUCGCUUCGUCUUUUAAAGAGGUAUUGGAUGUGCUUCAGCCGCAAUGGCAACUCUCCGUUCAGAUGUACUGCAUUAUAAUCAGCAUACCUCUAGUACUCAUAUGUCAAAUCAGGAACCUCAAGUACUUAGUCCCGUUCUCGGCUCUGGCCAACAUGCUCGUGGUCGUUGUAUUCAGCAUCACCAUGUAUUACAUGUUCUCCGACCUGCCUCCAGUGAGCGAGAGGGAGAUGGUUGCUAAUGUGUCCACGUGGCCUCUCUUUUUUAGCACCGUAGUAUUCGCUAUGGAAGGAAUUGGAGUAGUCAUGCCAGUAGAAAAUGAAAUGAAAAAACCGCAGCAUUUCCUCAGAUGUCCAAGCGUUUUAUACAUUUCCAUGACCGUCGUAAUCUCUCUGUUCACUGUUUUCGGAUUCUUCGGAUAUGUGCAAUUUGGGGACGAUGUUAAAGGCAGUAUAACACUGAAUUUGCCUGAUGACGAUAUAUUUGCCCAAGUAGCAAAGUUGUUAAUGGCCAUAGUAAUAUACUUCACGUACCCACUUCAGUGUUACGUUGCCAUGGAGAUAAUAACGAGAAUGCUCAAGAAGUACCAACCGAACAAGUGUGACAAUGUCAUUCAAGUUAGCAUCAGGACAUUCUUAGUUUUACUUUCAGUUGGCGUAGCCGCAUCCUUCCCGAAUUUGGAGUUGGUGAUCAGUUUCGUAGGCGCCAUUUUCUUCUCCACCCUGGGUUUCCUCUUUCCCGUCAUAGUUGAAACCGUCUAUCGCUGGGACAGGGACACUGGCCGAUUCAACUACAUCAUCUACAAGAACAUUGCCAUUGGAAUUUUCUCAAUUUUUGUGCUUGUCUCUGGAGCCUAUGUAUCUGUCGUCGGCAUAAUAGAUGAAUUUUUUGUUGAACAUCCCAUUGAAAAUGACAAUUUGACUUCAUUUGUAAAUAUUUAA